GAUACCCAUUACCCAAUGUGGCACUCAAAGGAGAAGCUACCCAGUCAUCUACACUCUCUUUUGCCACUGCGUCCAAAGCCAUCGAUGGCAGACGGAACUCGUUCUAUAGCAAUGGGUUCUGUAGCCACACGGCUGAAGACGAGACCAACCCCUGGUGGAGGGUGGACCUGCAGCGAAGCUUUACAAUCACUGCUGUAAAAGUCACCAACAGAGGAGACUGCUGUGCUGAAAGACUGGAUGGAGCUGAGGUCAGAAUAGGAAACUCACUGGAGAACAAUGGAAACAAUAAUCCCAGGUGUGCUUCCAUCUCACAUAUCAAAGCGGGUAAAACCUACACAUACCAGUGUGAUGGAGGCAGCAUGGAGGGUCGCUUUGUGAACGUGUUUCUUCCUGGACAGAAGAAGACUCUCACCCUGUGUGAAGUGGAGGUGUAUGCUGCCCCAGCAG